AUGACGAGCGCUUACAUAACAACCAUAUCGAAAAAGUAUCCCUCGUUCCGAGAUGAGCCCUUGAAAACGGUGCACCGGUGGCUGGACGGGAAGCGACAGGACGAUGGCGCCGAGUGCUUGUGGCGCAUUCACGACACCCUGUACGACUUGUCCGACUUCAUUGAGCGCCAUCCUGGUGGCCCUGAGUGGCUGCGGCUGACAAAGGGCACCGACAUAACGGAGGCAUUCGAAACGCACCACAUCACGUUGCGCGCCGAAGGGAUGCUGGGGAAGUACAAGGUGCGGGACGCCACCGAGCCACGGGCCGUCCAGUUGACGUUCCGGGACGAUGGGUUUUACCGCACGCUGAAGCGACGCGUACGCGACAAGCUGAAGGAUGUCGACUACACGCCCGCCAAACGCUCCAAGCUGAUCAUCGACUCGAUGCUGGCGGCGGCUUUCGGGUUGGCGUUUCUGUCGAUCCGCCUGGGGAGCUAUGCGCUGGGGGCAGCCUCCGGGCUGUUCGUGUGCUGGACGAUGAUCGGUGCGCACAACUUCUUCCACCAGCGAGACAACUGGCGAAUGCUGACGUUUAACUUGGCCUUCUCGAGCUACCGCGAGUGGCGUGUGUCUCAUGCGAUGUCUCAUCACAAUUUCCCCAAUUCGAUACUGGACCUGGAAAUUUCCUACUUCGAGCCGUACCUCUGCUGGCUCCCGAAUCCUGCUCUCAAAGGUCCAGUCAAGCGGAUCGCCGCAUGGGUGUACGGUCCACUGGUGUACUCGCUUCUGUUUUACGGGGAGUUUAUCAAGCGAUUGGUUGAGACGUACCAAACCGGCAAGAACCCCUUCUUCCUGGACGAUCUGGUAACGCUAAUCCUCCCGACAUUUAUGUACGUGGUCGGUGCCACCAGUCUGUGGGAGGUGGUGAAGAUGUGGCUGUUCAUUGUGCUGGUUGCCAGCUUCCUGUUCGGUUUGAUUGGCCUCAACGCAGCCCACCACCAUCCGAAGGCGGUGCACGAUGGCGAUCAGAUUCCCGCCGAUAUCGACUUUGCCGUCUACCAAUUGGCGGCCGUGAUCGACCGCUCGGACACGAAGGGAUCGCAGUUCAUGGUGCUGACCAGCUUCGGGGAUCACUGUUUGCAUCAUCUCUUCCCGACGCUUGAUCACGGUAUUCUACCGCAGCUUUACCCGGUGUUCUUCGAAACGUGCCGGGAGUUCGAAACCGUGUACCGAGAAAUGCCCUGGCUGCAGCAAAUCAUUGGCCAACACAAGCAGUUGGCGCGCGUGGAAACGACGACCUACAACCCGUCGGACAAGUUUGCGUAGAAGCAAUCAACGGCAUACGGCCGGCAAAAACAGCGACAUGCGACCAAAGUUUGUUCUGGACAAUAGCAUUUUAAUUUCAAACAGGAGCUCAUAGUUAAAAAUACUUGUGA